ACGUCUAAGGUGUUUAUCACCGAGUCCUCCCUCCGGCGGCGGCAUCAAAGACGGUUCAAAGUCCCGCGGCCGUGUGUCGGCAGCGCGGUGCCGGUCUGUGCUGUAUUGUCGUCCUAUUUAUUACCUCAUCCCCGUGAGUGAUAUACUCACUCGCAAUCAUUCCAACAAUAGGCGGGCGGCCAGCGUCAAACGGCUGACGUCAAGCCGUUAGAAUAAAAACUCGAGAAACUCCAGCGUCGGUACUCAUUCGUGCUGGUGACUUUCCAAGAGUGCGUAUCUUGUUGUAUCUUGAUUCCUCUUGCGGUGAAGUUUGAGACCAUGGCGACUGCUUGUGUUCAGGAUCUACCUCCCUUCUCCCCGCUGUUAGACGACGUGGAAAGAGAGAACCGAUGUCCGGACAGUGACGCGACCAAGCCGGCUGAAUCAGGGACCAAGAAAGGUGCCAAGCGGAGGGACAGGACCAGGCGGUCGGCAGGAGGAGACGCCACGGGCCGGAGACUCCGGAUUAACUUCUCGGCGCAGCAGCUGUCCACCCUGGAGGCGAUGUUCGCCCAGAACCGCUACCCUGACGCCGACACACGGGACCGCCUCGCGCAGACACUCGGGGUCGCAGAGUCCAGAGUCAUCGUGUGGUUCCAGAACAAGCGAGCUCGGAGCCGUCGCCAAGACAAGAGUCGCGUCGCCCAGCCCACAGCCUCCAACCUGCCCGUCUUCCCUCCCAUGGACAAGUCUCCCGACCAGACCUACUCGUACCCCGAGCCGUACAGCCAGCCGUGCCCCACGCUGUACGCCUCAUCCGCUCUGCAGCGCCCCAAGACCGUGCAUCACUUUCCCGCCAACCUGAGCUGCAACCCCCCGGCUGCACCUUCCCAGUCCCGCCGCUGGGCGUCCUCACGACCCGCUACGGACGUCACGGCUACCACCUGGUCCACCCUCACCGUCCCGUCCGCCGGGAGGUUCUACGACCGCGAACCGAUGGCCCAGUUCCGCGGGGGUCAGCUGUCGUCUUCCCUGUUCGCCAUGGAAGAGAACGGCAGCGACGACGAGGUGAAGGACUUCGGCGCCAUGCACGACGAGUCCCGGGUCCGCGUCUCCAUCCCCUCCCUAGAGGGCCCGCGGAUCAGAGCCCCGCUCACCGCCCUCAGCACGCUCAACUACGGUACCGUCAAGGAGCUGGCCAUCCAGUGCCCACACCCGGGCGGCGCGGGACCCUACAGCCCCAUCUCCGAGCCCGACGACAGCCUGCCAACGCUCGAGGCCUUCAGACCGGGCUCCGUCCAGUCCGCUUCUUCCACGCCGACCUCGGAGCUGAGCGAACCCGUAGACUUUGCCAGCCUGCCGUCGCCGGCCGCGCUCGUGGACAUGUACGACGUAGUCGACGAACUGAAGGACUUCUUGACACAGUACCCGUUGUUCUGAGAUCUUCCGAAUGAACACAGUGAACUUAGGAUUGUACAGCGUUAUUGUAAACCAAAAUUGUUUUCUUGGACUCCUCCUAGAUCUUGGCAUCUGUAUUUUUGGCGAAGUCUUUUGAAGGGUUGGGCGUAAACGGUAACAUUCUAACGGUAAUUACAAACUUAAGAAUGUGACAAGUAUAGAAUUGUGUCUUACUGCUCUAUCAGAGCACCCAGUGUAAUUUUUUGUACAGGAUCGACAUGUAAAUAUGUAAAAGAAUAAAACAAUUAUUGGCACAUGCA